AUGGCAUCUGGGUUUUCUUUCGGUUUUGCGGGAGACGACAUCGAGGACGACGGGCAAUCAACCUCUCAGGUCAACAGCAUAGCCACUCCGAUACCGCCAGCGGCGACAAGUGCCAGUGCUUUCCCCGUUCAGGGAAAGCCACUGCUGCCACCAACCCACCAUGAUAUCGAUCACAUGCUAUCGAGGUUGCCCUCCAAGAUCGCCUACAGCCUACUAGACGUCGAGCUAGAAGAGGGCAAGGCCAUUCAGAUCCCGCGUCGAGAGUUGUGGGAUGUUCGGGUGCAGCUCAUGGCUGAGGACGAUGGCUCAAAUAUCUCCGAGACGGAACCCGGCCUGGGGGAACACGAUGUCAAGACGGGUAUCUACGAGGGUGGCUUCAAGAGCUGGGAAAGCAGCGUCGACUUGGUCAAGGUGCUCGCCUCUGAAAACGCUCCCACGGUCCUCAAUCGCGAUCCUUGUGUGCUUAUGGAGCUGGGCUGCGGUACUGCCCUGCCGUCCCUCGCGCUCUUUCAGUGGGCGAUGAACGAGAGAAAGUCUGGCGAGAAGCAGCCGCUUACGCUCGUACUGGCUGAUUAUAACCCAUCAGUUCUCUAUCUGGUCACCCUACCCAACUUUCUCCUCGCUUGGGCGCUCUCUCAGCGAGAGAGCACUUCUGCCCUAGCGGACGCCUUUUCGCUAGAGGACGAAGUCGAACUGCUUCCGGGAGUAGUCGAAGCCUUCAAAGAGUUCCUGAUCUCCAAUCAAAUCACGCUUUCUUUCCUGUCGGGUGGAUGGUCUCCCGAGUUUGUCGACCUUCUUUACAACUCUGGUAUUCCCUCAAACCCUACAGGAAAUGUCCAGACACUGGUCAUUGGCGCAGAGACCAUCUACUCGCCUUUCGCCCUCGAGAGCUUUGCGGCCACGCUGCUUUUGAUCCUGGAGCGAGAGCGCAAGGAGCGUCCAAGUGGCCAUGCUUCCUCUAUUGUGGGCGCAAAGAAGAUGUACUUUGGCGUCGGAGGAUCGUUAGACGACUUUGUCUUACGGAUGAGAGGUCUCGGUGCUUCGGUUGAACCUCUGCGCGAGGAGGCUGAGGGCGUCCGGCGCGGAGUUGUCCGGUGUUAUCUCUCCUGAGGGUCGGUUUAGGAUAAAGCCAUCUGGUUGAAGAUUCCCGUCACACAUUAUCCCCACACAGUCAAGCGCAUCGAUGCCUUUUUCUGAUAGGGCUCCAACAGUUCUGCAUGUCCCAACAAUCAACUGACUCCCUCAUGCAGCACAACGCUGGGUUU